GUGACAUCAGAGGCGGGCGCCAUACUUGAAGAGGGAGCGGGAAGGCGCUACCGCGGCGCUGUCAUGGAGGUAAUGCAGGAAGCGCGGGAACUGGGUUGCUGGGCGACGGAAGAGAUGGGGGCGCCCGUCGCAGCCCGAGCCCCGGAGUCGACGCUGCGCAGACUGUGUCUGGGCCAGGGGGCCGACAUCUGGGCCUAUGUCUUGCGGCACGUGCACAGCCAGAGUCCCAUCCAGCUGUUUUUCACCCACAGCCUCACACCUCCUGUCUCCCCCGGAAGUCCUUGUCAUCCCCUAACUCUGGCCUCAUUUCCUCAGGCCCGUCGGAAGCUGGAGCUGGAAGCCGCUGUUGCUCGCCUGCGGGCAGAGAUCCAGGAGUUAGACCAGAGCCUGGAGCUGAUGGAGCAAGAGACCGAGGCUCAGGACAUGGCCCUGGAGCAAGCCCUGCAGAGCAUGCAAGACACCCAGCGUCGUGCUCUCCUCCUCCGGGCCCAAGCUGGGGCCUUGCGAAGACAGCAGCAUGGGCUGCAAGAUCCCGUGCAGCGGCUGCAGAAUCAGCUGAGGCGUCUGCAGGACAUAGAGAGGAAGGCCAAAGUAGAUAUAACCUUUGGACCCUUGACAUCAGCAGCCCUGGGCCUGGAGCCUGUGGUCUUGGGUGAUGUCCGAACAGCCUGCACCCUCCGGACCCAGUUCUUACAGAAACUCCUAAUUCCUCAGGCCAAGGGAGGCAACAUCCCAACCCCUCGAGAUGACUACUUUGGAGCUUCCUACCAGCAGUGGCUUACCUCAGUGGAGACACUGCUGACAAACCACCCUCCCGGGCACAUCCUGGCCUCCUUGGAGCACCUGGCUGCAGAGCGGGAGGCAGAGAUUCGGUCCCUGUGCAGUUCAGAUGGGCUCCGAGAUACGGAGAUCGCCAGGUCCCAGGCACCAGACCAGUCGGACUCCAGCCAGGCCCUGCCGUCCAUGGUGCAUCUCAUGCAGGAGGGCUGGCGGGCCGUGGGUGUGCUGGUUGCCCAGCGGGGCCCCCUUCUGAAGGAGCGUCAAAUCCUGACCCGGCGCCUCCAAGGCCUGAUGGAGGAGGUGGAGAGAUGUGCCCUGGGAUCCAGCGAGAGGCAGGCCCUGAUGCUAGGGCUCCGGGGUCGUGGCCUGUGGGCAGAGCUCAAGGCCCUGCGUGCCCAGAGCCAGGAGCUGGAGGAGGUGGCUGGGCGGCGGCAGCUUCUGCUGCAGGAGCUUCAGGCCAAACAGCAGCGGAUCCUGCACUGGCGCCAGCUGGUGGAGGAGACGCAGGAACAGGUCCGCCUACUCAUCAAGGGCAACUCAGCCAGCAAGACGCGUCUGUGCCGGAGCCCUGCAGAGGUGCUGGCUCUGGUUCAGCGAAAAAUGGUCCCCACAUCUGAGGCGGUGGCACCACAGAGCCAGGAGCUGCUUCACUGUCUGGAGGAGGAAGCCCGGCAUCUACCCUACCUUCUGUUGGGCACCCUGCUUCGGCACAGCCCUGGAGGAUUGCAGCCCCUGCCCACGGUCCUGCCAUCCAUCCACCAGCUGCAUCCUGCGUCCCCGAGGGGCUCCGGCCUCAUAGUGCUGAGCCACGUGCUGGGGCUGCCUGCAGGGAAGGCUCCGGAACUGCUCCUCCCAAAGGCCGCCUCUCUUCGCCAGGACCUUCUGUUCCUCCAGGACCAGCGGAGUCUCCGGUGCUGGGAUCUGCUUCACAUGAAGACCAGCCUGCCACCAGGACCAUCCACCCAGGAGCUGCUGCAGAUCUGGGCAUCCCAAGAAAAGGAGCAGAAAGACAAUCUGGGGCAGGCUUUGAAGCAGCUGGAGAACCUGCUGAAACAAGCGCUGGAGCGAAUCCCCAAGCUACAGGGGGUUGUGGAGGACUGGUGGGAGCAGCCAGGCCAAGCUGCCCUGUCCGAGGAGUUCUGCCACGGCCUGUCCCUGCCCCAGUGGCGGCUACGCUGGGUCCAGGCCCAAGGCGCCCUGCAGCAGCUGUGCAGAUGAAAAGGGGCCUCAAACAGAAGUGAAGAGCUUCAUAUCCACCCCUCCAUGAGACCCUUGGAAGAGAGCAUCGCCUGGAUGUGUCAACCCAUUGUCUCUACCCACACUUGCUGUCCCCCUCACAGGCAUUUCUGUUCCUCUCAACUGCCUUGGACCUGUCCUUUCAUUCCAUCAAAGCCAAGAGAAUGGGGUACUCUGGACCCCACCCUAGGUCCCUCUAAAACUCCCCUCAUCACUCUCACCCUCAGCAAAAAAGUCAUUGAGCACUUUCUCUAAACACUGAGGAUCUGGCACUGAACAAAAUGGACAAAAGUCCCAGCUUUCAGGGAGUUGUUCUAGGAUGGGGAAGCAGACCCCUGACAAGUGAGCAAAAUAUAUAGUAUGUUGGAAGAUAAUGGCUCUGGAGAAAAAAUAAAGCAGGCUGUAGGAGAUGCGACUUUAGAUAGAAGGCUGCAUACACUCUGUAAAGGUAUGAGAGGGAUGCAUGUGGGCAUCUGAGGAGCGCUUGUGGGGGGUUGGAGUGGGAAGGAGGCAAGACCGUGGGCAGUGGCCCUGAGCUCAAAAUGCUGGUGUGAGGGUUGAGAAGGUGGGGGCGUUUGGGGUGGGGGGUGUGAUUUGGCUUCUAGUUUUUAUGUAGUUUUCUUUUUUACAUUUAAACCUCUGAAGUCAUUUGGAAUUUAUCCAAAUGGAUCCAAUUUUGUCUUAUUUUACAUAUAUCACAGUAGCACUUCUUGAAAUUCUCAGAGCAGUGGUUGCCUCUGAAGGAGAGGUGGGUAGCGGAGAUCAGCCAAGGGAGGAGACGGGGAAACUUUCUAGAGUUGGAAAUGGAUUACAUGUGGAAGGUAGUAGGGGUAGGUGUCAGAACUCAUCUAGCUAUACUCUUUAGGUCUGUGCAUUUCACCAUGAAUUACUCUUCAACUUACAAAGUAAAACUUUACCCACCUGUAUAAAGUAAAACUUCAGGUGAUUUGAGAUGCCUCCUCUUCAUUCGCUAAAUGUCCAUGAUUAAUCAGGUUGUAUCUGGAUUCUCUCCAAGUCUAUUGUCUUUCUGACUAUCAUAUGCCAUCCCCGCAGUGUUCUAAUUAUAAAGGUUUUCUCUUGUUUUAGUAUC